ACCCACCUCUCUCUUUAUAUAUAAUCCUCUCCCUUCCUUCUCUUUCCACUCUUCAAACAAACCAGAAAAAUCCUAUCUUAGCUAUCGCAAUAUUAUUUAACUUAUUCAAUUACCCCAACCCCAAAUGGGAGAGCAAAAGGAGCAGCCAAAGAAUGAAACCGAGAAGAAGCCCGACGAGGCAGCACCCAAGAAAGACGACGGACCUGCCCCCGUCGUUUACAAAUUCGACUUGCAUUGCGAAGGAUGCGUCAAGAAGAUCAAGCGAACCGUUCGCCACUUCGAAGGCGUGGAAACAGUUAAGGCAGAUCUAUCUGCUAACAAAGUGACAGUUACCGGAAAAAUGGACGCCGUCAAGCUUCGAGAUAAGUUGGCCGAGAAAACCAAGAAGAAUGUUCAGAUAAUCUCUCCUCAGCCAAAGAAAGAUGCCGAUGCCGGCGAAAAACCGCCGGAGAAAAAGGCCGACGAGAAGAAGGCCGACGAGAAAAAGCCCGUAGAGGAUAAACCUAAAGAGAGCACGGUGGUUUUGAAGAUCCGAUUACACUGUGACGGUUGCAUUGCGAAAAUUCGAAGAAUCAUCCAAAGGUUCAAAGGUGUUGAGUCGGUGAACGUUGACGGAAGCAAGGACUUGGUGACGGUUAAAGGAACGAUGGACGUGAAGGAGCUGGUGCCGUACCUGAACGAGAAACUGAAGCGAAACGUGGAGGUGGUUCCUCCGAAAAAAGACGACGAGAAGAAAGAGAAAGACGGUGGUGGCGAUAAGAAAGAGAAAGACGGUGGAGGCGAUAAGAAAGAGAAGGAGGAAGGCGGUGAAAAGAAAGAGGAGAGUGCGGCGGCGAAGGUGGAUGUUAACAAAAUGGCGUACAUGUACUCGAUGCCACCUCCGUCGUACUUUUACGAUGGACACUUUCCCGGUCAAACGAGUUACGCUAUGCCAAUGGAGGUUCAUCCUCACCAACAAGGGUACGCUAAUCAUUACGUGGACCCAGGGUAUGCGAAUCAGGGUUAUCCUGUACAGCCACCUCUACCGUACUACAUGCACCCUCACGCCCCUCCUCCGCAGAUGUUCAGCGAUGAGAAUCCGAACGGUUGUACCGUGAUGUGAUUGGCGGGUUGGGGAAUUUGAGAAAGUGUGGUGUGUAUGGGUUACGGUGUACACUUGCGCACUGUCGGAGCGAGCAACGCGCAUGCUGUAAUUUGUAAAUAAAAAUGGAAAAUUGAUGUGCGUGUAAAUUGAUGAGAGAGUGGGUUCCGUGUUGUUCAAAAUCAAUAUAGAGAAAUCUUAUCGUAUGGUAGAAUUUUGAUUUAGUAUAUGUUAUUGGAUAUGUCUAUAGGUUGGUGUUUUAGAGAAUAGAGAUAGGGGAUGGCCGGCUGGCUGGAGAAUCCUGCCCCGAGAUUAGAACAAUUACUUACAUGAUCAGUUGUUCUUUGUUUUGUUUAUUUUUUUAUGUAUCAGUAUAAAAUAUUUCAAUAAAAUUUACAGAUCUUAUCAUAGUUUUGUUCAUGGUGCUGAGCCCAUGUGAAAAGGGAUUGGUUAUACUUAUUUGUCUCUUGUGAGAGAUUUUUUUUGGUUUAUGUUUUUCCUUUUGGGUUCAUAUGGCGGAGAAUUUUUAUUUGUGGGUUUGUUAACCAAGCAAUUCUGUUGCUUUUCUUUCUUUCUUUCUUUUUCAAAUCACAUGCAUUUGGAU